AUGGAUCAUUUGGAACAAGAUAAACAUGAACUUAAGGAAGAUGUUGCUAGGCUCACUACUCUCAUGGAGUCACUCAUUGUAGCUCAGAGUCAAGCGCCUCCAACUCCCGCAACUCCGCAACAAUGGAUUGUCAUCUCAGAGAUCAUCUCAACGCCAGUGUCUGUGGUUCCUAUCAACCAUCCUACACACUUCAUGCUUGCCGGAUUCUCGUGGGGGAUACCUACGAAUUAUGUGCCUGAAGGAUAUGCUCCUACUAUUGCUCCUAUACCGAAAUCUCGCCCGGUCAUGUCAACUCCUUCUCCUGUUCUGCAUGUUAUGCCACGUGUUGACGAAACUACCUAUCAUUCUGAACCAUCUGAGGGUCCAGAUAUGUACGAGAAAAUGGAUGAAAUGAAGGAUGAAUUUCAAGAGAUGAAAAAGGAAAUGAAGACCCUAAGGGGGAAAGAUUUGUUUGGGAAAAAUAGCUUGACCGGUUCCACUCUCCAUUGGUACAUGGGUAUAGAUAGUGGCAACGUUUGUACUUUCAAUGACUUAGGCAAGGUCUUCGCCAAGCAGUAUAAAUACAACGUAGAUAUGGUGCCCGAUCGUGACCAAUUAUGCUAUAUGCCUCAGAAGGAUAAUGAUACAUUUAAGGAGUAUGCGCAGAGGUGGAGAGAGCUUUCCGCUCAGACCAGUCCUCCACUGGAAGAAACGGAAAUGAAAAAGAUCUUCCUCAAAACUCUGAGUUCAUUCUAUUAUGAGCAUAUGAUUGCCAGCUCUAUCAAUGACUUCACCGAAAUGGUGAAUAUGGGGAUGCGUCUAGAAGAAGAUGCCCGUGAGGACGUUUGUCUAGAGAAAAAGUGUCUACUAGAAAGAAGUAUAUGGGUGGUUUCUCUAAGAAGAAGGAGGAAGAAACCAAUUCAAUAUCCGUUGGAAUACAAAGGAGACCUUAUAUGA